AACUUCUUCUCAGCGCUCUCUCUCUCCUCUCCUCUCCUCUGUGGUUUCUCUGUCUAUCUCGUUCGCUGAAAUCCCUAAUUAUUGUUCCUACCUCCAUCAAUUUCCCGCCAAAGAGAAUGAGGAGGGUCGAAAAUUGAAGCCUUGAAGUGGGUCCACAAUCUGCGAAGUGUUGGUGUCGCGAGCUCUCUCGCAAUCGCCGUCAAGUUCAGGGGAGAGGGUUUGGGUUUUACCUUUGUUGCUCCCCUCUGAUUCGGUGGUCUCUUGCCGCUUUCGGCGGAAGAUGGAGAGUGCAGAUACUGAGCCUGCCAGUCUGAAUUGUGGGAACAAUAUGGUUGUGAAAGCUUAUCCAUUAGGCAUGGUUCGGAUUAUGAACAACAAUGGCGUAGGCGAAGAUGAAGGAGACUCGGAAGUUGAGCCAUAUGUGGGUCUAGAAUUUGACUCUGCGGAAGAGGCGAGGGAGUUCUACAAUUCUUAUGCGACGAGUACGGGGUUCAAGGUUAGGACAGGUCAGCUCUAUCGAUCAAGAACAGAUGGGACGGUUUCAUCGAGAAGGUUUGUUUGCUCAAAGGGGGGUUUUCAGCUGAAUUCAAGGACCGGUUGUCCUGCCUUCAUCAGGGUUCAACGACGUGAUACGGGGAAAUGGGUUCUUGACCAAAUCCAGAAGGAGCACAACCAUGAGCUUGGAGGCCAAGUCGAGGAGACUCCCCGUCCACCGGCCGUAAGUCAGAGACGUCCAGCCGCUACAAAGCUAGCGAUUUCGGUUCCACACAGACCCAAGAUGAAAGUUAUCGAUGAGUCUGAUAAAGCACAGUCGUGCCCUUCUGGUGCAAUUUCUUUCAAACGUUUCAAAGGUGCAGAAGACAGUAAUGGGCAAAUUCAGCCCAAGGCUACUGAGCCGUAUGCAGGCUUGGAGUUCGGGUCAGCAAAUGAAGGGUGCCAGUUUUAUCAGGCUUAUGCAGAAGUUGUGGGUUUUAGGGUUCGGAUCGGUCAGUUGUUUCGCUCGAAAGUUGACGGAUCAAUCACUUCUAGACGAUUCGUGUGCUCGAAAGAAGGAUUUCAGCAUCCUUCAAGAAUGGGAUGUGGAGCUUACAUGAGGAUCAAAAGACAGGACUCUGGAGGUUGGAUAGUGGAUCGUCUCAAUAAAGAUCAUAACCACGAGCUUGAACCGGGAAAGAAGAAUGCGGGUAUGAAAAAGAUUACCGAGGAUGCGACAGGAGGGUUAGAUUCCGUGGAUCUCAUUGAAUUAAAUGACUUCAACAACCAUAUCAAGAAAACCCGAGAAAACACGAUUGGGAAGGAAUGGUAUCCGAUGCUUCUGGACUAUUUUCAAACCAGACAGGCCGAGGACAUGGGAUUCUUUUAUGCUGUUGAACUAGAUAGCAACGGUAGCUGUAUGAGCAUUUUCUGGGCGGACAGCCGAGCGAGGUUUGCCUGCAGUCAGUUUGGGGAUGCUGUCGUUUUUGAUACUUCUUACAGGAAAGGAAACUACUCUAUCCCGUUUGCUACUUUUAUCGGUUUUAAUCACCACAGGCAACCCGUGCUUCUCGGGUGUGCCCUCAUUUCUGACGAAUCUAAGGAGGCUUUCACGUGGUUAUUUCAGACAUGGCUCCGUGCCAUGUCUGGCCGCCGGCCAAGGUCCAUUGUAGCUGAUCAAGACUCGGCUAUCCUCCAGGCUGUGGCUCAAGUCUUCCCUGGGACCCAUCACCGGUACUCAGCUUGGCAAAUCAGGGCCAAGGAACGAGAGAAUCUUAGGUCGUUCCCUAAUGAAUUCAAGUAUGAGUAUGAGAAGUGUAUAUACCAGACGCAGACAACAGUUGAGUUUGACACAUUGUGGAACGUUCUUGUCAACAAAUACGGCCUGAGGGAUAAUGUGUGGCUCAGAGAAAUGUACGAAAAGCGUGAGAACUGGGUUCCUGCGUAUUUAAGGGCCACUUUCUUUGGCGGAAUCCCGAUAAAUGGCAGCAUCGAACCGUUCUUUGGCACUUCUUUGAAUUCUCAAACUCCGAUAAGGGAGUUUGUCUCACGAUACGAGCAAGGGCUCGAGCAACGCCGUGAGGAGGAAAGGAAAGAGGAUUUCAAUUCUUAUAACCUGCAGCCGUUUCUGCAGACAAAAGAAAUCGUCGAAGAACAGUGCAGAAGGCUGUACACGCUCACCAUUUUCAGGAUUUUCCAGAAUGAGCUCGUCCAAUCAUAUAACUAUCUCGGUCUAAAGACCUACGAGGAAGGAGCCAUCAGCAGGUUCCUGGUGAGAAAAUGUGGAAACGAGAAUGAGAAACACGCUGUGACAUUCAGUGCGUCGAAUCUCAACGCGAGUUGCAGUUGUCAGAUGUUCGAAUACGAGGGACUGCUCUGCAGGCAUAUACUGAAAGUGUUCAACCUCUUAGACAUACGAGAACUCCCAUCACGGUAUAUACUGCACCGAUGGACCAAGAACGCGGAGUUUGGGUUUGUAAGAGACGUAGAAUCGGGUGUAAGUUCUCAGGACCUCAAGGCCUUGAUGGUAUGGAGCCUGAGAGAGGCAGCUUCCAAGUACAUAGAGUUCGGGACUUCGUCACUGGAGAAGUACAAGCUUGCGUAUGAAAUCAUGCGCGAGGGAGGGAAGAAACUUUGUUGGCAGAGAUGAUGAACGAACGAACACAGCUGGAACUAGUGAAAGUAAGAGACCAUCUUCAUUAUCUCGUUUCUUGUUUCUUGCCUUGAAAAUCUGAUAUUUGUCGGUAGGUUCAAGGUUGUAUUCUGAUCUGGGUUCUGUCUCUGUGACUCCAGAUCCUCUCUGUUCUGCUCUGUCUGAUUCUGAAUAAAUAGUAUCAGUUAAUGAUUCUCUUGCUUAUGGUACCUACGUUUCUUAUAGAUGUUAUAUGUAGUUAUUGAAGUGAAUUCGUACACAAUUGCGAAAUCUGUUUGAUUAUUUGGGCACUUUUCUUUUCUAAAAGAAGAAACGAGAGAUUUCCAGAUCUAAUUUCCCGAAUUAGGAAUUGGAGUGAGUCAUCGGCAUCAAUUGAAGGUCUCUGGAAAGAGGAUUUGCUCAUCUCCUGAAAAAGAAGUCCUGUUCGUUUGUCAAUGGAGAUGGUCGGGCCGUGCCCCAUGGUGGUGGUGGUGGUGGUGGCCGUGGUCAUUGGUGCCUCGUCUUAACGAUCAUGACAUGUAUGUUAUAUCGCCUUUUCUUUCAUAUUUGCCCCUUAGAUUAGGGUUUUGGAAGGAAGAAGAAAAAAAUAAUCGGUUUCUUCA